CUGGAGCUGCCACCCAUGGCCAGGCCCCAGGCAAUGGGCGAUGAGGUGGGGGAUGUGGCGCCGGACGUGGAGGAGAGCAUCAUGGGCAUGGUGGAGGACAACGAGAUCGUGUCCCUGUCCGCGAUCCUGGAGCUGAAGGGCGCGUGCCUGGAGGAGGGGGAGUCCGGUGGUGUGGAGGAUGGGCGGCCGGCUUCAUCGACCACGGCAGCAGCCGCGGUGGAGGGCACUGCGGUGGCUGCACCACCAUUGAAUGUGGUGACGCCAAAGGAGGGAAUGGCUGAUGUGGAAGCAGCAAGCAGUGGUGCUGGUGCUGCCCGCUCUGGCACUGGUGUUGUGACAGACCUGCCGGAGCCCGGGGUUGCUGCUGGAGAGCUAACCGAUGGCACCUUGCUGAGGGAGCUGUACAUCGCCCUGCGAGUCCCCGAUGCCCUCCGCGACCUACUGCGAGGCAACGUGCAGCAACUGCGGCCGAACGUGCUCGACGCGUGCAAUGCGCGCGCCAAAGCUCGUGCGGCGUUGGACCUGGAGGCGCAAUCUGCGGGCAGACCCCGCACAUCAGCGGAGCUAGCGCUGACCGUGUACUGGGACAUGACGGGCAGGGCAUGCCUGUUCUGGAUUGACAUGACGGGGACUGACGGCGUGUUCAACCCAGUCCUCCUGGUCCUGUAUGUGCCGGGGCCGGUGAUGCAGAGCAAGUACCCGGUGUUGGUGCGAGCGGCGCGCAACAUGCAGCGGCGCCUGAUGGAGGCGCAGACGCUGAAGAAGGUCCCCCGUGGUCGGCUGAAAGAGUGUGGCGGCGAAACUCACAUGGCAGGCUACCGGCAUGUGCAGACCAACAAGGCGAGCCGCGUGACCAUGUAUGCGCACACAUCGAGGAGCCACGAAGCGCGGGUGGUCAUUGGUGCGUUCGGCCUGUGCAUCGCCAUGCUGCUGCUGGCGAUGUGGGACUACCUCGUGACGAGCGCGAAGGAGACCGUCGCGGGUACGCCUGCAAUCCUGGCGACAGGGGCGCCAUGGGGCCUGGUUCCGGUUGGGCUGGACUACUUUACACACCCGCAUCUGGACCCGGACGACGCAACGCCAACUGUCGUGUUCCUGGCUCUGUGGAAGUCGGCAACAGGGCGCCGGUGCAAGGACUUCCUGGACGAUGUGGAGCGUGCGGCGCAUGUCAGCCGCAACCUGUUCACAUUUGGUGGGGUCAGCGCCUACACCCGCACCCAGGACAGCGACCUGCUGGUGUUCGACGCGCGGCAGGUGGUGCACGGUGCUGACUUGCGUGUGCCACUUAACGCUAAAUUCGAUGAGGCGGGCAUGCCGUGCAGCGUGACGGUGGGCUCUGGCGUUGUGUCACGCCAGUCUGAUGUGAAAGUGGGUAGGGCCGAGGCACGUGGGCGGUUGGAGUUGGCGGCGGAGGGCAAGACCGCAUCUCUGCAUGUCAUGUGCAAGCGCGGUGAGGAGUUUGAGGCGGAGAUCCUGCGCAUGGCCGCAAGCGCGGGGUGUGAGGCCGAGGCUGGAUGUCAUCCGCCAUCCCAGAAGCGGGCUGCGGGUGCGGCCCUGCCACAGUCAGCUAUAAAGGGCCGCCGGGCGCAGGGCAGUGGUGGGAAGUGCUGAGCGGGCGGAUCAGCCAUGCACGGCUGGUCGCAAGCAUGUAUCGUUGUUGUUAUGAGUUCCAUAGGUAAACAAACAAGAGGCCGGUAGAUGAAUACUGUACUGAUGGGAAACUUGUGUCUCAGAUGCUGGGAAGCUUCCGGUGCAGGGCUGCGUGCGCUGUCGGCAGCCGGGAAGUUUUCUUUAGUGGAAAGGCGGGAAGGGGGCUGGGGCUGCAUCGUCAUACGGCACCGGUGCAGGGCUGCGUGCGCUGUCGGCAGCCGGGAAGAUUUCUUUAGUGGAACGGC